AUGGUUCCAUUGUUGCUCAGGAUCGCUGGUCGGGCUUGGGCUAGCGAGAGACAGACAAGACUGCUCCAGCAGCAAAUCGGAGGCAGCUUUGGCAGCGGCAAGCUGGCGGGUGACUUGAUGUCUGCAGCCACAAGCAACACGAAUGGGAUGUUACUGCAUCUUUUUGUCGUUGUAUUUAUUCGGGCAAGAGUUGAGAAAAUGGACCUCGGCAUUUUGCGAAAGUCAAAUUCUGUUCGUAUUCGGGAUUUAUGCAGGCAGCAGACGCCGCGUCUGGAACGGGGUGGAAGUUUGUUGGAUGGAUGGCUCGUCGUAUUCAUCCCCAUCCUGAAGUUCGUAACCCGCUGGCAUUUAUAUUCAUUAUCAUGA